GCAGCCAACUCGCAACAGCGUCCUCCAGAAGGGGGGUGGGGAGGAACGGAGCAUCAUCAGCCCCAGCCGUGCGCACAGCACUGUGGGCUAACAUGGCAGCUUCCUCCCUCGCUCUCGGCUUCCCACGCCUUUGACGGACCCUCGCGCCAGCCCCCUCCAGCCGCCCACUCUGCCUUUCCCAGCGGGCGCUCGUGCGGGAGGGCGCUCCCCCUUUCUAUUUUAGGGGGAUCCAGGAUGGAGAAGAGCUCGAGCUGCGAGACCCUCGCCUCCACGCAGGCUUCUGCCGCCACCCGCCAGCCCAGCCCAGGUUCUCUUUCCAGUGCCUCCACCUCUCAUUCAGAUCAUUCAGCGCGUACAAAAUCUGCUUCAGUCGUCUCAUCGGAUUCUGUCUCCACAUCUACAGAAAACUUUUCUCCAGACCUAAGGGUUCUCAGGGAAUCUAAUAAAUUGGCUGAAAUGGAGGAGCCCCCCUUGCUACCAGGAGAAACCAUUAAGGACAUGGCAAAAGAUGUUACUCAUAUCUGUCCAUUCACUGGCGCCAUUAGAGGAACUCUGACAGUUACUAAUUACAGACUAUAUUUUAAAAGCAUGGAAAGGGACCCUCCGUUUGUUCUUGAUGGCCCUCUAGGAAUGAUCAACAGAGUAGAGAAAAUUGGAGGAGCUUCUAGCCGUGGUGAAAAUUCGUAUGGCCUCGAGAUUGUGUGUAAGGAUGUCCGGAACCUACGGUUUGCACAUAGGCCUGAGGGUCGCACAAGGAGGUCCAUAUUUGAAAACUUGAUGAAAUAUGCUUUUCCGGUGUCGAAUCAUUUGUCUCUUUUUGCAUUUGAAUACAAAGAGGUUUUCCCAGAAAAUGGCUGGAAGGUUUACGAUCCUGUUUUGGAGUAUAAGAGGCAGGGAAUUCCUAACGAAAGUUGGAGAGUGACCAAGGUUAAUGAGCAAUAUGAGCUUUGCGAUACCUAUCCUGCCCUUCUGGUAGUGCCUGCCAAUAUUCCCGACGAGGAGUUAAAGCGAGUGGCUGCCUUCCGAUCAAGGGGACGCAUAUCUGUCUUGUCAUGGAUUCACCCGGAAAGCCAAGCCACGAUCACUCGCUGCAGCCAACCGAUGGUUGGAGUGAGCGGCAAACGGAGCAGAGAAGAUGAGAAGUGCCUGCAGUCCAUCAUGGACUCCAACGCCCAGUCCCACAAGAUAUUUAUCUUUGAUGCCCGGCCAAGUGUGAAUGCUGUAGCCAAUAAGGCUAAAGGAGGUGGUUAUGAAAGUGAGGAUGCCUAUCAGAAUGCAGAGUUGAUCUUUCUGGACAUCCAUAAUAUCCAUGUUAUGAGAGAGUCAUUAAGGAAACUAAAGGAGAUUGUCUAUCCCAACAUAGAAGAGACUCACUGGCUGUCUAAUUUGGAAUCCACUCAUUGGCUAGAACAUAUCAAGCUGAUCCUUGCCGGCGCGCUUCGGAUUGCCGACAAGGUGGAAUCAGGGAAGACCUCGGUGGUUGUGCAUUGCAGCGAUGGCUGGGACCGAACCGCCCAGCUCACCUCUCUCGCCAUGCUCAUGCUGGAUGGCCAUUUCCGAACAAUACGGGGCUUUGAAGUGCUGUUGGAGAAGGAAUGGCUGAGUUUUGGGCAUAGAUUCCAGCUGAGAGUAGGCCACGGAGAUAAGAAUCACGCGGAUGCUGACCGAUCGCCUGUUUUCCUCCAAUUCGUUGACUGUGUCUGGCAGAUGACAAGACAGUUUCCCACAGCGUUUGAAUUCAACGAGUGCUUCCUGAUCACUGUUCUGGACCACCUCUACAGCUGCUUGUUUGGGACUUUCCUAUGUAACAGCGAGCAACAGAGGGUGAAAGAGGGACUCCCCCAAAAAACAGUAUCGCUGUGGUCCUAUAUAAACAGCCAGCUUGAAGACUUCACCAAUCCUCUGUAUGCCAGCUAUACCAACCACGUUUUGUAUCCCGUGGCGAGCAUGCGCCACCUAGAGCUUUGGGUAGGCUACUACAUCCGGUGGAAUCCACGGAUGAAACCACAGGAGCCAGUGCACAACCGUUACAAGGAACUCCUGGCAAAACGGGCAGAGCUUCAGAAGAAGGUGGAAGAACUUCAGCGGGAGAUCACCAACCGCUCCACUUCAUCCUCUGAGAGAGGCAGCUCGCCUGCUCAGUGUGCCACCCCAGUCCAGACUGUGGUGUAAACACAAUUCCAGAUGCUUUGAUUCAUUAUAAUCUCUCCAGAGCCACGUCAUAAAGGCAGCUUUUCUAGAGAAAGGAAACAUGGAAGAGCAAACUCUGUGAACUUAGAAGGCAGGUCAGAUGCUCUUAUUUAUUAUGCUACAUCCCUCCAGGAUAUUUUAUUAAGGCUGUUACACUGCAGGAAGUGAAAGCCUUUUUUGUUGUUGUCUUACAAGGCCUCAUGUAUAAUUAUCAUUCCUGAGGGCUAGUUACAAGGAAGCUUGCUGGCAUGGCAUCCCAAGACAAGACCAGGACAUUUGAGCAUUGAGCCAGGUGUUAAGCACUUGUGUUGCUUUGUACUGGAGAACACGCACUCUCACUAGAAAAGAGAAUGCAGACAUCCAGCAAAGUGACCUGAACACAAUAGAAUCAGUGUGUGUGUGUACGUGUGUGUGUGUGUGUGUCCUGCUGCACACAGUGGAGCUUCCUGUCUUUUCUUUGCCACCCAACAAGCCGGUCCACAAAACUGAGAGGAAUUUAAGCAGGCUGCAACACACUACAAGGAGCUGCAUUCUAGAAAAGGGACAAAAUUAGGCAAUCCCAGUGUGAGUGCAUAAGCACUUGUGCUCUAUUGGAUUCUGUACAUUGUCAACAAAGAGCUUGUCCCAUCGUUGGAAGGAAAACAGCUUUUGAAGAGGAACAAUCAAAAAUCCAAAUCUUUCAGCUGCUAAGAUGGGGGUGGACAGACUUUGUGGUCUAUUUGUGGGCUGGCAAUUCUUUCCCAGCAAAAGUGGCAGCAAUCCAUUUGCCAGAUGGGUGCCAUCUUUGUAUAGGUAUGAAGAGAACACAGUUUCUGUGCUAACUUUAUCUAGGAGGUUCUGAUACUGCAAGCGCAUCACAGUUUUGGUUGAGGGAUUUUAUAGCCGGAAGAAACCAGUUUGGGCUGCAGCAGUCCACAGGUGGACCACAGCCAAUAUCUUGCCUGCUCCUGAUUAGAGAGGCAACAUUCAUCAGUUGGGGGUCAUCUUCUGAAAAAUAAACUCUCAAUUUGGAAAAAUGGCUCAGUACAACAGUUUCAUUCUUAUAAUUUUGCUUUUUAAAAAAACGAACAAGGGAGAGCUGCUGCACAGUUUUAGAGCUUUAAAUUCACAAAUAUGCUGGUCCUACUUGCUAGCAGUUUGCUGUAAAAUACAGUUAACCAUAUUGCAGUGCUAACACAAUGUCUUGUUAUUCAAAGGUCUGUUGAAAAGGGUCUCCAUGUCAGGCCCACUUCCCCCUUUCUUUAAUGCAACAUUCUCCAACCCAAGAACUUAUAACCGCAGCAGUCAUCAUCCCCUAUGACACUAACGUUAAAACUGUCUAAGGCAGGGAUGGGGAACCUGUGGCCCUCCAGACGCUGUUGGACUACAACUCUCAUCAGCUCUGACCAUUGGCUGUGCUAGCUGGGAUUGGUGGGAGUUGGAGUCCAACAACCGCUGGAGCACCACAGGUUCCCCCAUCCCCAGUCUAAAGGGUUUCAGUGGCCAGUAGUCUUUCAAUUCUCCCUUAACAUCCAUUGCUACUGGCAAAGGGGGGGGGAGGAGAGGGAAGCUAUGAAGCCUGCAGAGGGGGGAGAAAAACUGAGACAGUGAAAAGGAUUAAAUUAUUUAAGUUGAGAAGAGGAAUGCACUUCCUCCCCCCCCCCUCAGUGUUGGAUAUGUUCGCCUUUCUGCACUGGUUGGUGUGGAGAAAAUGUAUUGAAAUUGUAUUGUGAAGUGGUAGAGCCCGUAGGUGGCAUGGCUUUGCUUUGCUUUCUGACAGUGUUGAUAUCCGUUGUUGGGUUUUACAGCAUUGUUUCAGUGACUUGAAAAGAUUGGUGUGCAUGUGUGUGUCCUGGGACAUCCCUGUUGAAUGACUGUAGUCGUCGUCCCCAAUGUUCAGUGGUGUGUGCGCAUGCACACAUGGGCAUUUCAUGUCAGGCCUACAGAUCAUAAAGUCCCUCCUUCUGCACCAAAGCAGCCACAGUUUGCCAGUGUUUCUCCGUGGGGGAAAGACACAUUGGAAUUUAGGUCUGCUGAGAAAGGCAUCUCUUGCUAUUAUUGUACUAAUGCAUUGGUCCAGUUUGAUAAAGUGCAUCUUUAGAUGAUAUACUGAACGUUUCUGAGGAGCAGAACCUUUUCCAUCCCCCAAACUCAAGUCCCUGGUUGUUUGGCCACACCAUCCCACAUGUUCGCUAAUAUGGAGGGAAAGCAUCAGCGCUUUCCUUAGGACCACUGACUCAGAGCAAAAUCGACACUUCCCAACCCCGAGUGUCCUUGCCUCUAAAACACCUCCAGCAUGGCCAAAGGCUAGAGAUGAUGGACAUUGUAGGCCUGCUUCACAGGAGUACACACACCUGUGCAUGCAGUGUGCCUCUCAGCCUCCACAGAGACACACUGCAGGCCCCAUACAACAUACAAACCGGCUCCCUCUUCCCACUUCCCUGUUAAUGCUGGACAUUCUGUUGCCGUAAAAGGCCACCUCACCCCUCUCCGCUGAUGGUGUUGUGAUCAAUAAAACACUUGCUUUGUGGUGGAUUUAUUUUUUGCGUCCCCUCCCCUGCAACAUCUUUGAGCCCAUCUUGUUUUUUGCUUUUCCU